AAGCGGUUUUUUUUUUUUUUUGUUUUGAAUAAAUUAUAUAUUUGUUUUUAUAAUUUGUGGAACAUUGCACAAAUAUUUGGGAUUCCUCCUAAUACGUUAUCAACCAUUUUGAAAAACAAAGACAAACUUUUAGAACAAAAAGGUGACUAUAAUUUUAACUCCAAACGAAAAAGGAUUACAACUUGCGUCAAUAAUGAUGUUGAUCAAGCUAUACUUAAGUGGGUUACUACCGCACGUGAGAAAAAUCUUCCUCUCUCGGGAACCUUAAUCAGAGAAAAAGCUAAAGAAUUUGCGGUUGCUUUGGGUCGCGAAAAUUUUUCUGCUAGUGUAGGGUGGUUAGAUAAAUUUAAAAAAAGGCAUAAUAUCGCACAAAUGUCGAUUUGUGGAGAAAGUGCUUCAGCCGAUUUACAGUCUAGUGAAGAUUGGAAAAAAAACGAUUUGCCAGAUUUAAUCAUACAGUACCACGAAAACGAUAUUGUUAAUGCAGAUGAAACGAGCAUUUUUUUUAAAUGUUUACCCAAUAAAACAAUAGCCUUUAAAGGUCAAAAAUGCUUUGGUGGCAAAAACAGCAAGGAGAGAAUUACCGUUAUGGUUGCAAGCAAUAUGAGUGGUUCAGAAAAGUUGAAAUUGCUAGUUAUCGGCAAGUCAAAAAACCCACGUUGUUUUAAGGGUAUAAAAUCACUUGAUGUGGACUAUGAGUACAACAAAAAAGCGUGGAUGACAAGUGAAAUUUAUGAUAAGUGGCUCAAAAAUCUAGAUAAAGUCUUUGUUGCCCAAAAUAGGAAAAUACUACUGUUCGUUGACAAUUGUGCCGCAUAUGCUAAAAAUGUACAAGCAAAUUUAAAAAACAUUAAACUGCAAUAUUUUCCUCCUAAUUUGACGUCUGUUCUACAACCAAUGGACCAAGGGAUUAUUCAAAAUCUCAAGCAACAUUAUAGAAAACGAAUUGUGAUGAAAGUUUCUUCCAUAUGAACCAACUCCUACGACUGGGAUGAAGAAGACGAUCUUCCAUUGUCUGAAUUGAAACAAAUUUGGACCACAUAUCGAACGGCAAUGGGAACCGAUAAUGUGUCUUUUGAUGAUUACGUCGAUAUUGACGAUGGUGUGCAAACAAUGGGAUUCCCAACAGAUGAAGACAUUUUAGAUAGCGUCAUGGAAAAUCUAGUUCCUUUUGGAAAAGGUAAGUCUAAAGUAAAAUUUGUAAAAUGUAGCAUUGUUCAGCACAAAUAAUCUAUUGUUUCAGACUUAGAGGAGGAAGUCUCUAGUGAAAGCGAGGUUGAAACAACAACUGAAACUAUACCCACAUUUAAUCAAGCGUAUUCUGCUAUCCAGACCGUAAGAAAUUUUACUUCGUCAAAAGAAAAUGUUCCCAAUGCAGUACAUGCGUCAAUAAAUGUAGUAGAACAUUUUAUAGAGAAAUAGAAAUG